ACAGACUUUUAAGGGCGGAGCCUGGCCCUGGAGCCACGUCUGGAGAGCUGUUCUCCUAAUAUGGGUAGGGUCGGGCGUGGAGCUCGCAGCGCCGCUGUGUGCGCCUGCGCGGGGCGCCGAGACAGGGCGUGUUCGCUGUUCAGUGCCGGUGUUGGAGGGAGUGAGGGCAGCCGGAGUGCGUUCUGCCGAAGCUUGUGGUUGCACGCCCAUCCUUUUAGGGGCUACCUUCCGUGACCAUGUCCAAGUCUCUGAAGAAGUUGGUGGAGGAGAGCCGGGAGAAGAACCAGCCCGAAGUGGACAUGAGUGACCGGGGCAUCUCCAACAUGCUGGAUGUCAACGGCCUCUUUACCUUAUCCCAUAUCACACAACUGGUCCUCAGCCAUAACAAGCUAGCAACGGUGCCACCAAACAUCGCAGAACUGAAGAAUUUGGAGGUGCUCAACUUUUUUAAUAACCAAAUCGAGGAGCUGCCCACACAGAUCAGUAGCCUUCAGAAACUCAAACACCUGAACCUUGGCAUGAACAGGCUGAACACUUUGCCACGAGGCUUCGGCUCCCUGCCAGCUCUUGAGGUUCUGGACUUGACUUACAACAACUUGAGCGAAAAUUCUCUUCCUGGAAACUUCUUCUACCUGACCACCCUGCGUGCACUCUAUCUAAGUGACAACGAUUUUGAAAUCCUGCCGCCAGAUAUUGGGAAGCUCACAAAGUUGCAGAUACUCAGCCUUAGGGAUAACGACCUGAUCUCGCUGCCUAAGGAAAUUGGGGAGCUUACCCAGCUUAAAGAGCUCCACAUUCAGGGGAACCGCCUCACCGUUCUGCCCCCAGAACUAGGAAACUUGGAUUUAACUGGCCAGAAGCAGGUAUUCAAAGCAGAGAACAAUCCCUGGGUGACCCCCAUUGCAGACCAGUUCCAGCUUGGCGUGUCCCAUGUUUUUGAGUAUAUCCGUUCUGAGACAUACAAAUACCUCUACGGCAGACACAUGCAGGCCAACCCAGAACCACCGAAGAAGAAUAAUGACAAAUCGAAAAAGAUCAGCCGGAAACCCCUGGCAGCCAAGAAUAGAUAAGGAAGGGAUUGGCAUCGGCUGGCCUUCCAGCACCUUCUCUCUCCAACACUUCAUUCUGUCUUGCUCUCUCAAAUAAACACAAUGCGUGUGAGGCCUUUUUUAUUUUUCUUUUCACUCUCUUUCUAAUGCUUCCCACCUUACCUUUUAGAUUCUUUUGCUAGGUGGGACAUUGUUAUAAGGUCUUUAAACCAUUUCCAUUUGUUUCUUUAAAAUUACCAAAAGCAGGGAACAAAGCUCUUAUUCAACUGCAAAUUCCAUAGUGGGCUCUGGCUUUUCUUGAAUAGACAUCACAAGGUUGCUUAUUAUCAAAAGAAUAAUUAAAAUCAUGUAACCAUUUAAAUGUCACUGUUAACACUUUUCACUCUUUCUGUUGAUUCACAUAACUCAUUAUUUUGCUUUAUUAAAAGUCUUCCUUCACCACCGAGAUAUGCUAAUUUAACUUACAAAUGAUUUUAAUAAAAUCUUGAGUUUGUAUCACAUGUUACUUAUUGACUCAGAAUAAAAGAACAGUCUGAUCUUGGGGUAUAACACAUUUUCAUUUACUUUUCUCCCCCAAAAUCAUCUUAUCCAAUUUUAUUGGUUAUACAUGAUAAACUUUUCAUGAAAGAAAUGCAAAAUUAAAUCACAGUUCGUUUCUUCUCACAUUAAUUUGUCAAGUUUUUUUUUUUCUUUGAAGACUUUCUAAAUUAGGAAGCAGAAAAACAAAUCUCUAGGAGAUUCUGCCAAAGGAUUUUGGAAAGUAGCAUUCCUUCGCCGAAGAAAUGGUGAUUUCUGCCAGGGGCUGGUAGACAAGAACUGUGAAAGGGAGAGAGAAAAAACCUCAACUGUGUAUUUUGUCACGGCAGAAAAUCUGCUCACAUCGAAGCAUUCUUCUAAGUGACUUCGAUGCCAAGGAAGUUGUGUAAAUGUGCACGCGCUACACCACACCCAGGGUGGAAACCACAGUUGCAGAGUCAUUAAACAAUCAAUCAAUUGUUUAACAUCUGUGAUAGGCAGCUUUCCUUCUUUUCAACAGUGAUACCUACGAAAAUCAAAAUAAAUGCAAGCUGAGGUUUUGUGCUCACUGAAAGGGCUGUCAACCCCAGAAGGCCGACACAAAAAAAAUGGUAUGUGAAGAUGCACCGUCUUUUCAAAUGGCCUGGGAGAGGGGGCCUGCCCUUCUCUGCUGUGUCCUUUGGCUUCCCAGUUGAGCUCCCAACACCAGGACCCACUGGGGCAUAUAAAAGCCAAAAAUCAAAAUCAAACAACAAGUUCUGAGUUAAUUAGGAAACAGACUUUGCAUUUCAAUCAGAGAGGCCACAGAGCAAGGCCUAAACUUCUGGCUUCUAGACAAAUUCCUGAUAGAACAUUUAAAUGUGGGAAGUGGCUUCCCCAGGUCCCAUCCCCUGUUUAGGGAUAGAGUUGAUAUCAUUUUUAUAGGUGCCAUGUUUGCCUCUGCCUGAAUUUUUUUAAUUGACUUUUGAGCUUUUGAGAUUGCACGAGGGAGAACAAGGCCUCUGCUGUUGUGGAUAGGAAAGACUUAAUCUAAAAUUAAACCAGCCAGCAAGCAUUAGUAAAAAUCUAACAAUAUGAAGGGCUCUUAUGAGUCAUUUUUUUCAAAAGAUGAAAACUCCAGAAACGCACAGGAACGAAAUACCUCCCAGAAACGUGAAGCAAUCAUCGAAGACUCACUGGUAAUAUUUUUUAAAAGUAUACAGAUCAAAGCAAAAAGAAGCCAUGUGUAACAAAGAGAAAUGUGCAAAUAUUUUUUAAGGCAGUAUUAAGUGCAAGAGGAGUAACAUGAAAUAAACAUUCUUUCACAUGGCUACUGGGAAUAUAAAUUUCGCUCCAGAAAGGCCGUAGUAGUUUGACGAUAGGUGGCAAAACCUUAAGAUUGUGUACUGGGGCCCAGAAUUUUUAUUUCUAGGAAUGUAUCCUGAGGAAAUUAUCAGAGAUCCCCACAAACUGCAGUGUUUAGGAAUUGUCCUUAUAGCAUUGCAUACACAAGAAAAACAGAGAAAAGCCUGAUCCCUGUCAGUGGAAAAGGGGUUCAAUGAAUUAUGGUGUAUCUGCAUGAGGCUUUUAUGACAUUAAAAAUUGUUGAACAACAGCCAGGUACAGUGGCUCAUGCCUGUAAUCCUAACACUUUGGGAGGCCAAGGUGGGAAGAUUGCCUGAGCUCAGGAGUUUGAGACCAGCCUGGGCAACACGGUGAAACCCCGUCUCUACUAAAAUACAAAAAAUUAGCCGAGCGUCGCAGCGUGCGCCUGUAGUCCCAGCUGCUCAGGAGGCUGAGGCAGGAGAAUUGAUUGAACCCAGGAGGCAGAGGUUGCACUGAGCUGAGAUUGCACCACCGCACUCCAGCCUGGGCGACAGAGCAAGAUUCUGUUUCCAAGAAAAAAAAAUUGUUCAACAAUAAGGGCAAAGGGAGAGAAUCAUAACAUCUGAUUAAACAGAAAAAGCAAGAUUUUUCAAACUAACUAUAUAAGGAUGGUCCCAGCUGUGUCAAAAGGAAGCUUGUUUGUAAUAUGUAUGCAUAAAAAAUUAAAUAGAGAUGAACACAGUUUUAAGGCAGUUAAAUUAUCUCUGUAUUAUGAACUAAGACUUUCUAGAAUUUUACUUAUUCAUUCUGUACUUAAAUUUUUUCUAAUGAACACAUAUACUUUUGUAAUCAGAAAAUAUUAAAUGCAUGUAUUUUUCAAAAUCAAA